AUGAAAUGUCAAGUAAAUGUGACUCACAACCAUCGUCCGACCAACUAUGGAGUUGGGGCCGCUGAGAGAAAUGACUUUGUCGGUGAAUACGUGUUGGGCAACACCUUGGGCAUUGGCUUCGACAUUACCAAGAUCGCCGACAUGACGAACCGGAUCCUCCGGUGCACCAUGGUCUACUCCGGUCGGGUUGAAGUGGGGUCCGGCAGACACACAACCAUUUGUCGUGUCGCCAAACACAUGGACGUGAAAACCAUGUUUGCCGGGUGUGAGGCCCGUGAUGUGAACAUCGACCGUGACAGGUCCGUUUUCAACCUAGUUUGA